AUUUAUUACAGAACACUGUAAUGAUGUUGUAGACACCCGAGGGACCCAGUGACACGGCUGGACCAUCUGACAGUCGGGAUGUGCUACAUCUCUGUCGCAAUGCUCUCCAGCCUUCUACUCUUUAAACUGUUCGAACCUCAUCCAGGAACGGACGAUACGUCGUACUCCCUGGGUGUGUCAGAAGUUACCUUGAGUGUCUUCAGUUUCUUAACGUCUUCGUGUACAGCUUGUAUCUUGAUGACAUUGUUCAGGAAAAUCUACAAGAUAACAUUCUCACAGGAGGAACUAGAAAAUAUUGAACAAUCCCAACUUCGCUUCUCACCGCCAAGAAAAACUCUUUGGCCGACAAAGUUGGGUGGAUUUAUAGCUGGUAUUAAUGAUGAUGAUGACGACGAUGAUGAUGACGAUGAUGAUGAUGAUGAUGAUGAUGAUGCCGAUGACAUUUUUUAUGUUAAGCUUCAAGAGAGAAAGAAUCGACCACCAUCAUACGCACAAAACAAAAACUAUUUGAGAAAUCACGUGAAGUGGAUGGCCUACCGGAUGUUGACACGUGCGCCGCUGGUACCUGUGCAGCUCCCUAAUGAUGCACCCAAUGUUUAUGUGGACCGGUUCCUGGCUACACUUACUUGGUCUGUUUGCAUCCUGAUGGUAAUCGUCUGCGCUGUCGUCUGCUUCUUAGUGGCUCAGUACAUGGGGACUGUCAAAAUUCUCAAGUGGAUCACCAUUUUCACUUUGGCCUGUCUGUUCCAUGCUUUCAUCUACUUGCCUCUUAAAAUCGUUCUGGUCUCUGUCUUAAUGGCUGUUACAUUCAAGAAGAAAUUUUAUACAGACUUUCACACGUUGGACCCAAGUAAAGGAAAGCGUAUGGAACUAAUGGGCAAUAAGGAGCACUUGGAGAACAUCAUGGAGAUGCGUCACGCGCCUCGAUACCUCCCUAUCAUGGGCGUCAGGAGACAGAGAGAAGAAAAGAGGAUGAAACUGAAGACCAAGUGGUCAGAGUUAUCCGAGUUCCUGAUGAUAUUGCUGUUGCUGAUCGUCCUGGAGGGGAAUCUGAGAGGAGACAUCCUGCAGUAUCACACCAACAGUCACGUGCGCAGGAUGAUAUCCUCUUCCUACCGUCCUCCGGACCCUGCCUUCACCAGCGUCUUCAACAGGACCGACUACGAGACCUUCCUACAGACCACAUUUCUGGCGCAAAUGUACAAGUUUGUUUGGUACAACGUGGAUCCCAUUUCUUCUGCCGGGGGCAGAGAGGACUGGGUGUGUGACGUCACCACGAGAAUCCUGGGCACCAUAAGUAUGAGGCAGUUCCGUGUCCAGCCAGAACACUGCCGAGUACCAGAGGUGAUGGCGAGAGACACGAUAUGUGCAGCACCCUGGAGUCGGUACUCAGAGGACACCAGCGACUACUUGUCCAGCUGGCUCACGAUAGAUCGGUCCUUGGGGUUCCAGACCAGCGAGAACUGGACAUACACUGACCCUUCAGAUGUUGACGGGUUCUGGUACUAUGGGACGCAGGGAUAUCCACCCGGAGGUUACUCGCAGGACCUGGGUAUGUCCCGGGAGGAGACACAGGGAGUAGCUGAAGAACUCUCGGAGGAUGACUGGGCCGACCACUACUCGCGGGCUAUCAUCAUCCAGCUGACUCUGUACAACGCCAAUGUCGGCUGGUUCACGGAGCUGGCGCUCGUGGUGGAGCAGACUGUCACCGGACAGUAUCUACCCACAGUUCUGAUACAAUCUGUUCUUGCAAGUAUACAUAUAGACUUCUGGAGUGAAACUUUCUUUUUGUUCUUCAUUGUGUUGAUGGUGCGACUGAUCGGAAGAAUGAACGCUCACGGACUGCGGAAUUACUUCAAACAGUCGUGUCGCCUGUACGAAUUGUUAAUGGCGGUUCUAGCGGGCCUUGCCUUAUAUAACAUGAUCUUACACCAGAUCAGUGCCAAACGUUACGUCGCCUACUACCUAUCGCACCCUGAAGACAAUCAUUUUGACUUCUACAAGCUUGCACACUACGCGUAUGCAGCAAGAACCCUGCUCUGUGUUUUGUUUGUUUUAAGUGUGUUACGUCUGUACUCGUUAUGGAGAUUUGGAGCUAUAUAUUUCAGAUUUUUUAAUACUUUCCAACUCUCAAGAUGUAUUCUUUUGUUUUCCACGCUAAUUUUCUUGGUUUACUUGUGUUCUAUUUGGAGACUUAUAGGUUAUUCCUUGAGUAUACUUAUAGAUGUGGUUUUUAAUCCUAAUAUGUUUUAUUGGAACACUAACUUACGUAUCUGUGAUAGCAAUAGUUUCUUUGUUCAUAGGUUAGUUUGCUUUCUUAUUCGCUGUGGUAGUGUGAUCCUGACGACAUUAAUGGUUUGUGUUUUCUCGUAUGAAUAUAAAAUUGCAAAAUCUUGUAAUUUAAAUAAGUGGAAUACAUUGAAUUUUAUCGAAUUUACGUUUGAAGAGGUGAAGAUGAAUUUUAGAAAACCAGAAAGAAACUGUUAUAUCGGUAAAAGAGGAGCAAGGAAACUAAGAUGGGUGUAACAGCCGGAGGUAAAAGAGGAACCUGUACUUUUAACUAUGAAAUUAUAGAAUUGUCAUGAAUGCCUAUAUGUAAUGUAGAAAUGGUGUUUACUGUGCUGAGCUCAUCACCCUAUUUAAACAAUGUAGACUACUAAACAAAAACUUAGAAAUCCAUAUUCAUGAGAAUAUAUGAUAUAAGUUGUAAGAAAAUGAAGCAGUUUGUUAUUUUUUAUCUUGUUAGUAUCAAUAAACAAGCUUUA